AUGCCCGAAACUGCUCCAGAGGCAGAUGCCAAUGGCAAUGCAGAUGCUAAUGCCAAUACCACCAUCCCCGCGCGACCUUCUAAUGCUGCUGGUUUCUACAUGGGAGGCAGUGGAAGAAGGUCUUCAUCAAAUGCACGCAUAAAUGAGAUAUUAGAGAACGCCCGUGAACGCGCUCAAUCAAUGGCUGCUGUUUCUCCUACCAAUCGCUCCCCGUCAGCCGCCGGCAGUCCCGCUCUCCCACCUAAUUCGGCCCUUAAGCCGGGCCCGGUCAACGAAGAUAGCAGUGCCGACGAGGCUACAGGCUUCAUCUCCCAUACGCCGCCUCUCAAUUACAACUCGCUCAACGUUGCAAGUACCGCUACCUCAGCGCCCGGCGCUCACAAGCAAUCCUCCCGAAGCUUGCGCCAAAGACCCUCCUCCCUGCGAAACAGCAACAAUAAUGACAAUGGCAAUGUCCCGAAUCCUGAGACAAAUCGCCAGGCCGAAUCAGAGAAUGAGACUCGGUCAUGGUGGAGAAGACAGGCAGAUAAGUUCCAGUCUAUAGAGCUGGAGAACAAAGGCAGUGUUGCCCGUGAUCACCUCGCUAUUGAGCGCACGUUCCUAGCAUGGCUUCGCACAUCCUUAAGUUUCCUCUCUGUAGGAGUAGCAGUGACCCAACUAUUCCGCCUGAAUACAUCUCUUGAAAGCGGCAACGAUGGUGGUAAGAAUUCCAGUCGGAAUGCGGCGACACUACGACAUAUGGGCAAGCCAUUGGGCACCACCUUCAUAGGAAUAAGCAUCCUCAUUCUCUUCCUUGGUUACAACCGAUAUUUCCAAUCUCAGCAUUGGGUCAUACAGGGCAAGUUCCCUGCUAGCCGCGGCACAAUCAUGAUCGUUGCUUUCGUUGCUUUGGCGAUUAUGGUUAUCUCCUUGAUUGUGAUAGUCGCUAUACAUCCUUCCGAGCACGAGUUGUAG